ACCGAAGCACGUUUGACAGGAAAGAUGCAGACAAAGAUGUUCUCCUUUGGUCUGUUUGCAGUUUCAGCAUUUCUAUGGCACGUUGUGUCUGGUGCAGACAGAGUCUCAGUGUCAGCGAUGGAGGGAGAUUCAGUCACUCUAUACACUGAUGUUAAAAUAAACCAACAAGAAAAGAUUUGCUGCUAUUUUAAUGGCACUCGCAUCGCUCAAAUCAGUGGAGAUCUCCAUCAUAUCUGUACAGAUGUUCUGUGUAAAGGCAGUGAUGAGAGAUUCAGAGACAGACUGAAGCUGGACAAUCAGACUGGAUCUCUGACCAUCACAAACAUCACAAACACAGACUCUGGACUUUAUAAACUACUGAUACUACGCAGUAGCAGCGACAGUGAAACAAUCUUCAAUAUUGUCAUUGGUGUUUCUGCUGCUGAACGAGAAGAAGUGAAGGAGGGAGAAUCUGUCACUUUAGAUCCUGGUGAAACUAAAAGCCCAAAUGAUUUGAAGAAAUGGUAUUUUAAUGACAUUCUCAUCGCUGAAAUCACUGGAGAUCAGAGUAAGAUCUGUAGAGAUGAUCAGUGUGAUGAGAGAUUCAGAGACAGACUGAAGCUGGAUCAUCAGACUGGAUCUCUGACCAUCACAAACACCAGAAUCACAGACUCUGGACUUUAUAAACUACAGAUCAACAGCCGCAGAUCCAGCAUCACGAGGAGCUUCAGAGUUACUGUCACUGGUUGUGUACCAUUCGUUGGGGGCGGAGACUAUAAAGAUGCUCGUGCACUAAAUUCAGGUCUGUAUUCAGGAAUACGAGUCACUGUUUUCCGUGGCUCUGUCAGUCUCUCUGAUUUGAUCCAGGAGAUUAACAAAGGGAGACCAGGUGAAAACUAAGCUCGGCAUCUGUCAAAAGUCCAAGGAUGAGAAAAAGCAUCACCAGACCCGACAGGAUCAUGUAUCUGCAAAAGGAUUUCCAUCGCCGCAAAUCCGCAUCACACUUCAGCUUGUGUUGUUCAGCUUUAACCUGGAAUAAUAUUCACAUUUAUCAUUUAGCAUGCGUAUUAUAACAAGUGCCUUGGUUUCUGGUUCUGGAUUAGUGAAGAGCUUGUGGAAGAGAUGUGUUGUCAUCUGUUUCCUGAAGAUAGAGAUGUUCUCAUCAGAUCAGAUGAAGGCUUCUGAGGGAACCGCUAGGUGGCGCUCAUUCAUUGUUAAACUUUCUCUAUACAUUUAUUCAGUUCAACAAUAACCUACUUUUACCAUUCAGUUAUCUCGAAAAAUUCAUAGAACAAAUACUUUGUGACAAUAAGCAGGAAUUUCACACUCAAUCCAUCAGUAAGCUUGAGUUUACACCGAUCUAAAGUGUAUCAAACCUUUGUCCUUGAGUUCUCAGGACAGUCAUUAUUUAAUUUACGAAAUCUGUUAAUGGACAGGUUCCAUGUGAAGAAGAUCUGCACUACUCUUAUUGUACUUGACUUGUCACACUCAUCAUCAAUGUACUGUAUUUGCACAUUAUAAUGUGAAAAGUGUGAAAAUUUGCAAGCAUUGUUUUGCCUCAAAACAAACUUUGUAUGAUCGUAAUUCAGCUCAGAAUUGGAGAAUUUAGUUCAAAAGAAAUUAUUAGAAAUUUUUAAGAUGAAACUGAAUGGGGAAAUUACUUCCAUAUUUUAUGAAUCUGAUUGUCACUUUUGCACUUUUUUCAUGUCUGCAUGUUUGUAUAUGUUGCUUUUAAUAACAGAAUUUAAAUAAAUUUAACACAUGAUGUUUUAAGUAAACUUUCA